AUGCGGGGGGCGAGGUGCGGGGGCGCGGGCAAAAUCCAGUCCCCUGGGAGCCGCCAACUGUCCGUGCCCGCGGCCACGUUGGGGCGGCCGGGCUCCAGAUUCCCUCCUGGGAAGAAGGUCCAGGCCCCACUCCAGUCGCGAUGGACCCGGGUUUGGGGAAUUCUUGGGGCGCCAAGACGAAAGAAUGGCCAUUCCCAGCCACUGGACAGCGGUAAGCGACAUCCCAGCCCGGCCAACUUCUCUGAAACCUCCCCGCAGUCCCGCAACCGGACACAAAGCCGGGAGCAGGGCCUCUCCGCCCCUUGUGGUCCACCCUUCCUCUGCUCGCUGCCUGCAGUCGCCAGGCAGCCGGCGCGGGAGGCAGAGCGGAGGGCCGCCUGGGCCUGGCUGCUGCAGGUUCACGCUCCCAAGUCAGAGACACAACUGAGCUCCGUCCUCCUGCAUUUCAGCCGCUCUGCCACCCCCAGCCUACCCAGGCUCCCCUGCCCCGGAGAAGAAGGUGCAAAGAGCUGA